AUGGACAGGCAGCAUCCUGAAAGCACGUACAGCCGCGCCUCGGCAGGCAGGACGUCAUCAGCCCUGUCCGACAACCCCAGAAUCUCCCCCCAUGUCUCCGCAUCCAUGAAGGACCCACCUUACACAAAGGGACCUCAGGAUUCUGACCGCAAGAACAGAAAGUCACACCCCACCACCAUCCUGCUCCACAAGUCGCAGAGCAGCCAGGCCGCACUGGUGCCCCAGCAGCACAAGAUGUUCUUGGAGGAAGCCUACAACUCAGCCAUCUGCUUCAAGAUGCUCCGAGACAUGAGUGGUUCCGAUCCCUUCCACCUGAAGUACACCUUCAAGAAGAUCAAGAACAUGGCUCACGUGUCCCCCAACCUGGUGUUGGAGACCAUCCAUGACUACUUCUUAGAAAACCCGGAGAUCUCCACCCGGCACAAGUUCCGGCUGUUCCAGGCCCUGGAAAUCGUCAUUAGAGCCAGUGACUUCCUGGAUGAGAGCUGGGAGAAAAUCUUCAUGAAGCUGGCCCUGGAGAACAUGGCCAAGUCCACGGAGCUGGAAGACGCAUUCCAGGACGCAGCCAGCAACGUGCUGGUGGCCAUCUGCAAGCACUCAUGGCGGGCCGUGACCCAGCAUCUGGAGGCAGAGCUGCUGACGGGCGUCUUCCCACACCGCAGCGUGCUCUACGUGAUGGGUGUCCUGUCCUCCGACGAGGAGCUGUUCAACGAGGAAGACAAGGCGAGCUGGGAAGAGCAGCUGACCCAGAUAGCCGUCAAGUCGGUCCCGUUCCUGAACACAGACGUGUGGCCCAAGGAGCUGCUCUGGGCACUUUCCAAGCCCAGCCAGACUCAACAGGAGCAGCCCCCAGAAAAGGCCUUCCUGUUCACCUACUACGGGCUGAUCCUUCAAGCUGAACGGAACGGCGCCACGGUCAAGACACACCUGCGAGCUCUCCUGGAAACGUCCCACCAGUGGCCCAAGCAGAGGGAGGGCAUCGCUCUCACCAUGGGGCUGGCUGCAGUCCAACACCUGGACGAUGUCUGGGCCAUCCUGGAGCAGUUUGGCCGGAGCGCACCCAUCAAAUGGAGCCUCCACAGCUUCUCCCGGAAGAGCUUGGAGGACCUGCGGUGGAAAUGGGCCAGCAGCACCAUCCUCCUCGCGUACGGCCAGGUGGCGGCCAGGGCCAGGGCCCACAUCCUCCCCUGGGUGGACAACAUCUUGUCGCGGAUGAUCUUCUACUUCCACUACAGCUCCUGGGACGAGACCCUGAAGCAGAGCUUCCUCACCGCCAUCCUGAUGCUCACAGCGGCCAUCAGCCGGGACGAGGGCGCCCACAGCUACAAGUUCUCCCAGGUCCCCGAGCUGCUGCAGUGUCUGAUGGUUCUGAUGGAGAAGGAGCCCCAGGACGCCCUGUGCACGCAGAGUCGGCAGCAGACCCUGAGCAUCAUCUGCAGCCUCUGUAAGCUGAGGCCACCCCUGGACUCGCAAAAGAAAUCGCAGCUGCUCUCCACCUGCUUCCGCAGCGUGUUUGCUCUGCCACCACUGGAAGCCCUGGAGAAACACACCUGCCUCUUUCUGGAGCCGCCCAACAUAGAGGUGCGGCCCCUGACCCUGUUCAACAAGACCGCAGAGGCGCUGGACGCCAUGCUGCAGAGCUUCAUCUCCCUGAACCCCACGCACAAGGAGCUGCACUUCCUGCUGUCGCACAUGUACAUCUGGCUGGCAUCGGAAAAGGCGCAUGAGCGGCAGCGGGCUGUCAGCAGCUGCACCAGCCUCCUCAAAUUCCUGAGGCACAACCUCCACCUGGAUCCAAAGGAGAGCUUCAAGCGGAUCGGACAGCUGGUGGGCAUGCUGGGGAUCCUCUGCCGGGACCCAGACGGGGCCACCCAGUGCUCCAGCCUGGAAGGGAUGGGCCAUCUCUACAAGCUCCUGAUGGACCAGAAAGCAGGAGAAACCCCACAGGUAGAAUCGCAGAUCCCCAGGAAGCUCUCCGAACCCAGCGAGGAUGGAGCCCCACUCUGGCGAGGUGGAGACCAGAGGGCCACUCCUCCACCCUCCCAAGAGACGGCGUUCCCAAAGGAGAAAGACCCCAUCUUCCAGCUCAGCAGCUCCGAAGUCAUCAAGGAGAUCACACAGCAUCUCACGAUGACGGAGCUGAAGGACCUCCUCUGCACAGCCAUCAAGAACCUGGGCUCCAGCAGCCCCUUCCGCGUGCAGGCUGCUGCUGAGAUGCUACUUGCUGUGGUCCAAGAGCAUGGGGCCAAGCUGCAGACCGUGGCCAACAUGGGCCGGGCCCUCCACCUCCGCCUUUGCUCUAUGCGCAUCCCCCAGGCCAAGGAAAACACCCUGCGCGCCAUCACCCUGCUGGCCCGGAGCCACACAUCUGAGCUGGUGGCGACCUUCUUGGACUUCUCCAUCCCCCUGGACAGCCACACCUUCCAGCUGUGGAAGGCCCUGGGAACCGAGCAGCCAGUGAGCCACCUGGUGCUGGCCAAGCUGCUGACCUGGCUGCACAAUCGGCCCCUGCCUACCCGUGCCAGCGACAGUGGCCCCAAGGAGAAGCCCUACCUGCGCUCGCUGGCCCAGGCUGGGGCUGGCACAGGGCAGGGGCAGCCAGGCGAGUCUCGAGGCGUGGUGGGACUGUCCUGGGCAUCCGAGGGUCCUGAUGUCCCGCUCAGCUGGGCCGGCCCGUGGGACCAGCGAGUGGGGUUUGGGCAGGGCACCCUUCCGCCAGUGGGGCUGCAACGCACAUCACUGGAGGCACUGAAGAGCCUGCUGUCCACCACGGGGCACUGGCAUGAUUUUGCCCAUCUGGAGCUGCAGGGGGCCUGGGAGCUCUUCACCACCAUCCACACCUACCAGAAGGGGGUGGGCCUCCUCGCCAGGGCCAUGGUGCAGAACCACUGCAGGCAGAUCAAGGCAGUGCUCAGCCAGCUGCUGUCCCACCUGCAGAAGAGCCAUCAGGAGCGGGAGAGGAAGGUGGCCAUGCUCAUCCUCACUGAGUUCCUCUACAGCCCUGCCCUGCUGGAGGUCCUCCCCAGACAGGCUGCCCUGACUGUGCUGGGGCAAGGCCUCAGAGACCCCAGCCCCGAGGUCCGCGUGUUGAGCCUACAGGGCCUGGGGAACAUCCUCUUCCAUCCAGAGAAGGGAAACCUGCUCCGCAGGCAGCUGCUGUUCUUCUUCGAAGGAUUUUUCCAGAACGAUGAGACAGUGGUUGUGCGCAUCAUGAACACCGUGUCAGACGUGCUGCACCGCCUGGGCUGGCAAGGCGCAGGUGCCCAGAGCCUCGGCGUCGCCAUCAACGCCCGCUCAUUCUUCGAUGACGAACGGGACAAGAUUCGGGCGGCAGCCAUGGCACUGUUUGGAGCCCUGGUGGCAGCGAUGGCAGACGGGGAGCUGAGCAGCCUGCGCACCCAGGUGCACCAGAGCAUGGUGCCCUUGCUCCUGCACCUGAAGGACCAAUGCCCAGCUGUCGCCACGCAGGCCAAGUUCGCCUUCUACCGCUGCGCCAUGCUGCUGCGCUGGCAGCUACGGCACACCCUCUUCUGCACACUGGCCUGGGAGAGGGGCCUCAGCGCCCGCCACUUCCUCUGGACCUGCCUGAUGACCCACAGCCAGGAGGAGUUCAGCAUCCACUUGUCACAGGCCAUCAGCUACCUGCACAGCCACCACCACCACAUCAAGAUGUGGGCUGCACUCUUCAUAGGUUAUACCAUCUGCCACCACCCCCAGGCUGUGUCCCAGAUGGUGAACAAUGUUGACACCAACCUGCUGCUCCGCACUUUUGAAGAUCUCAAGAAAGACCCAGAGCCUUGCAUCCGGGAAUUCGCCACCAGGCAGCUCUCCUUCCUUCCAGAGGUGUUGGCCAGACCCCAGCAGUGA